AUGUCCCCGAUCGCUUCCCCUCACCGUCGCCCACGCUUCCCCCCACCGUCGCCCACGCUUCCCCCCACCGUCCCCGAUCGCUUCCCCCAUCGUCGCCCACGCUUCCCCCCACCGUCGCCCACGCUUCCCCCCACCGUCGCCCACGCUUCCCCCCACCGUCGCCCACGCUUCCGCCCACCGUCGCCCACGCUUCCUCCCACUGUCCCUCACACUUCACCCCACCGUCGCCCACGCUUCCCCCCACCGUCGCCCACGCUUCCCCUCACCGUCGCCCACUCUUCCCCCCACCGUCGCCCACUCUUCCCCCCACCGCCGCCCACGCUUCCCCCCACCGUCGCCCACUCUUCCCCCCACCGUCGCCCACGCUUCCGCCCACCGUUGCCCACCCUCCCCCUCACUGUCAUCCACGCUUCCCCUCACCGUCGCUCACGCUUCCCCAUCAUGUCGCUUACGCUCCCCCCCACCGUCGCUCAUGCUUUCCCCCACCUUCCCCCACUCUUCCUUUCUCAUCACCUACGCUUCCUCCCACCGUCGCCCUCGCUUCCUCCCACUCUCCCUUACACUCCCUCUCACAGUCACCCACGCUUCCCCCCACCGUCCCCCACGCUUCCCCCCACCGUCGCCCACGCUUCCCCCCACCGUCGCCCACGCUUCCCCCCACCGUCGCCCACGCUUCCCCCCACCGUCGCCCACGCUUCCGCCCACCGUCGCCCACGCUUCCUCCCACUGUCCCUCACACUUCACCCCGCCGUUGCCCACGCUUCCCCUCACCGUCGCCCACGCUUCCGCCCACCGUCGCCCACGCUUCCCCCACCGUCGCCCACGCUUCCUCCCACUGUCGCUCACACUUCACCCCGCCGUUGCCCACGCUUCCCCCCACCGUCGCCCACGCUUCCCCGCACCGUCGCCCACGCUUCCCCCCACCGUCGCCCACGCUUCCGCCCACCGUCGCUUACGCUCCCCCCCACCGUCGCUCACGCUUUCCCCCACCUUCCCCCACUCUUCCUUUCUCAUCGCCUACGCUUCCUCCCACCGUCGCCCUCGCUUCCUCCCACUCUCCCUUACACUCCCUCCCACAGUCACCCACGCUUCCCCCCACCCUUGCACCCUUCUUUCCUUCUCUCUGACUCUCCCUUCCCCACUGCCUGGGUGUGCGAGGCGAGGAGCAUGCUCCGCGGUGCACACGUCCUGCCCCUCACGCUGUGCCCCACACAACCCUAUGGCAGCACAGCAAGCUUGAACCAGCCUCCUCCUCUCUCUUUCACCAACCCCGCUCGCAUGGCAGGUGCUGCUGCAGCAUUGGAGGAGAAUGCUGGGCGCACAGCCGGGGCAGCGCGUGCAGGCGGGAAGGGAGUGGGGGAGGCGUGGCAGGGGAGUGGGGGAGGCGUGGCAGGGGAGUGGGGGAGGCGUGGCAGGGGAGUGGGGGAGGCGGGGCAGGGGAGUGGGGGAGGCGGGGCAGGGGAGUGGGGGAGGCGGGGCAGGGGAGUGGGGGAGGCGGGGCAGGGGAGUGGGGGAGGCGGGGCAGGGGAGUGGGGGAGGCGGGGCAGGGGAGUGGGGGUGGCGGGGGCAGGAAGCCGUCCCGACUUCCUCUCUCGUCCGCUAAUUCGCCUUCUCCUGUCCGCCCUUCCACUCUCCAUUCCUCCCUCCUCUCUUUCUCUCUCUUUCCCUCCACUUCUCCCGUCCGCCCCUCCUCCCAGUCUCCCUCCUCCCUACCACUCUCUCACCCACUCUUUCUUUCAAUUUUUGAGUCGACUCAAAAAUCGACUUUCUCUCUCUUUCCCUCCACUUCUCCCGUCCGCCCCUCCUCCCAGUCUCCCUCCUCCCUACCACUCUCUCACCCACUCUUUCUUUCAUCCUCGUGCCUCUCUUCCACCAUGCCGACCUUCUUUUCAAACUGCCACCUUCCGAGCUUCCUAUAGUCCGCCUUUCCGUCUCACCCACUUGUCCUAUCCCUACUUGAAUUCCUCACAUCCUCUCAUCCCCCCUUCUCCCCUUCCACCCUUCCACCCUCCAGCCCUUGCGCUCAUCCUCCCUUCCUCUCAUCCUCCCUUCAUCUCAUCCUCCCGUUCUCUCAUCCUCCCAUCCUCCCUUUCUUCCUUCCCCCCUCCCUUUCUCUCUUCCGCCCUUCCUCCUUGUCUCCCUUGCUCAUUUUCUCCCUCGGCGCAUGCUUAUUUUCCCUGCAUCCCUCGCUGCCAUCCUCCCUUCCUCUCAGCCUCCACACUUCCUCUCGUCAACCAUUCCUCCGCACCCUUCUACCCUGCCACGCCUGUACACUCCUACCUUGUUUGUUUAUUCUAG